AUGGCUGCCACCAACAGAAUCGACGUCCACCACCAUUUUGUCCCGGACUUUUACCGUGAAGCCCUGGAAAGCUGUGGUGGUGAUCCAUCAGGGUGGUUCAUCCCCGACUGGACGCCCGAGCUGGAUGCGAAGGUGAACAAGCAGUUUGGCAUCGGGACUAGCAUACUCUCCUUGACGGCCCCGGGAGCCUGUAUCCUGAAAGAUCCUGGGGCCUCAGCCAAGCUGGCGCGCAGAGCCAAUGAAUAUACUGCACAACUCCGCGACGAGAAGCCCCAGGAGUACGGUUUUUUCGCGUCGCUGCCCAGCCUCGUGGAUAAGGAACGGGCGCUCAAGGAACUUGACUAUGCAUACGACGUGCUCAAGGCCGAUGGUGUGGUACUCUUCACCCGGUAUGGCGAGGAUAACCACUACCUAGGUCACCCGGACUUCAAGGACAUCUGGGCCGCGCUCAACCGUCGCUCAGCCGUCAUCUUGGUGCACCCUACCCACCCAGUGGACAUCAGCCAAGUCAGUGGCCUGGCACAGCCGGUUAUCCGGUACCCAUUCGAGACGACCCAGACCGCCCUCGACAUGCUGUAUAAUAAGACAGUCCGGAACAACCCUAACUGCAAGAUCAUCUUGUCCCACGCGGGUGGCGUGUUGCCCUUCCUGAUCGGCCGUCCCACCAGCAUCCUGGCCAAGACACCAGAGGAGCAGAACGCCUUCUUGGAUGAUGCUCGCAACUUUUACUAUGACACAGCGGUUGCUGGCUCGGAGAACGUGCUUCGUGUCAUGGAGAAAUUCGCCAAGCCUGGCCAUCUCCUGUAUGGCAGUGACACGCCGUAUGCGAACAACGAUAUCAUCAACUACCACACAUCACGCCAGGACAGCUACCAGUUUGAGGAUGCAACCCUCACUGAUAAGAUUAACCGUGGGAAUGGUCUCGCCUUGUUUCCUCGACUGAAGUAG